AUGUUCAAAGAAUACUCAGCAGUUCCAGUUCAAUCAUUAAACUUUUUACAGAAUGAUAGUGAUGACGAGUAUUAUGAUGAUUACGUGUAUAUGCAGAUCUGUCAGGAGUUUUUCUGUGAGAACUAUUUCACCAAAGGAAAUAUAAUCAAUUGGGGCAUUCUAAUCAUUCGUGUAACUAUUGCUGUAAUUAUACUCUUACUCGGAACAAAAAUGCCCAAAGAUUUCAUGAGAUCCGUUACUUUCUCCAUUUUCAUUCCGAUUGCAGCAAGUGAGCUGCUGAACCUGUAUAGAGAAUGCGUGGUUUUUCGAUCACUUUUUUUUGCCACGGAGGAGGAGAAUACGCAAUUUGUCGACAUAUUUCUUUCGUGGACUCCCUUGUUAGGUGUAGUUAUGAAUGAUUAUAUACAUUAUAAUUGUAUAAUCAUGACAAUACUCCUAUUAUACUGCUGUCAGUUAUGCUUCCGCCGUGGAGAUGCUAUAACUCCUUUCCCUGUAAAUGCAUUAUGUCUCAUAUUACAAAUAAUUCCGUUUUUUCUCUGCGUUCUGAUGGCAAUUGAGGGCGAAGCCUCAUUCGCAAUCAAAGUCAUAUCUGUACUUUCGCGUUUAAUAACAAUUAUAUCCUUCAUCAUACUAACAAUACAGAUUUUCUUUUCAUUUUAUUUGAUGACCAAAUAUCUUCCAUAUGAUCAUGCCGCGUCUGUAGAUAUGCAACUUCGUGAUGCAAAGAGCCGGUUAGCCUGGACAUUGCUUUACCAGACUAUACCGUAUGCAGCCUUGAUUCCUUAUUUUGUUGAAUCAUGUGUUUGGAUAGUUGUCAUGGGGCGCACAGAGGAUCCGGCAAUGAAACAAACUCAAAUAAUUAUGGAAGUUUUGAAGGAACUUAUAGCAUAUUAUAGACCAACAUGGCUUGUUGUGUUAACGAUGACAUGUCUACCACCAUAUAGAAGAGCUGUUCCGUUGUUAUUCUGCUGCGGAAAAGUCAAAGUAGAACCUUUACCGAGGAAACCAGUUGAGACAAGUAUAAUGUACAAAUAUGCCGAUUGA